ACAAAUAAUGGCGCUCUUAAAUGAUACAAAUAAUAGCGCUCUUAUAGGACAGCUGCCUCCACCAAGGACUUCCACAUAUGAUAUUUUUAUUUUUAAAGGCCAAGAAGAUGGCGGAACGGGGUUUGGUAGAUCUUCAUAGCUGUGCAGCUUUGGUUGAGAGGUAUAACACAAAUGAAUGUAAAACACUGUUUCCUCUCUUCUCCCACCAAAUAUUUAAAAAAGCAAAAGCAAAAGCAAAAGAUGUGGCAACUCAUGGCAACGUCUAUAUUGGAGGUCUUCAAUCAACCACGUAAACUCUCAUUCAUUUCAGUAACCCCAAUCUCUGAGCACAUAGCACACAUACAUUCCUUGCCAUCAUGAAUUUUUAAACAACACAAUAUUCCUAUUGGCAAUGCUGAUUUUCACUCUCACCACAUUCAAAUCCUACACCAUAUUCAAGAACCCAGAAACCCACAUUAGAAACCACAUUGUUAAUCUUUCAAUUUAUAAACAAACAAGAAAUCUUUUUCUUUCUCCCUCAAUUUUGUGCUGUGCAAUGAAGACGGGUCAGGGCUCCUCAGCUUGCAAGACCCAAGAUACCUUGCUCUCUCAAGAACAAUUGAAUGUUGCAGAAGAGGCACUGAGAAGACACAGUCUUAAUACAAUUGAGCGGAAUGGUUCGGGCACUGCAAUUGUCUGGUUCAGGAAUGACUUGAGAAUUUUGGAUAAUGAGGCCCUGUAUCGAGCUUGGCAGUCAUCAGAGACUGUGUUACCUGUUUACUGCAUCGAUCCUCGCUUGUUUGGAACCACAUAUUACUUUGGUUUUCCUAAAACUGGAGAAUUGCGAGCUGAGUUUUUACUAGAGAGCCUGGUUGAUUUGAAGCGAAACCUGCUGAAAAGAGGUUCCAAUCUACUCAUCAAAUAUGGAAAGCCAGAAGAAGUGCUUCCAACUAUUGUUCAAUCUUUUGGAGCUCAUACAGUUUAUGCUCAAAAGGAAACAUGCAUUGAAGAAGUAAUGGUUGAAAAGCAUGUCAGAAAGGGUUUGGAAAAAAUUACUCUCUCAUUGAGUGGAUCUACUAGUUUGAAGGCUAGAAGUCCAACAUUGCAACUAGUUUGGGGGAGUACUAUGUAUCAUUUAGCAGAUUUGCCAUUCAAGACAGAACAUAUACCAGAUGUGUAUACACAAUUCCGUAAGGCAGUAGAAGCGAAGUGCAAAGUCCGAACUUCCUAUAAGAUGCCAGCAUUACUUGGACCUCUUCCUAAGAAUGGUCUGAAUGAAAUUGAUGAGUGGGGCAAGAUCCCCACCCUUGGUGAGCUUGGAUUGACUACCAAAGAUAAGAGCUCCCUUGGCGUCAUGCAAUUUAUUGGAGGAGAAAGUGCAGCCUUGGCAAGAUUGCAUGAAUAUUUUUGGGAAAAGGACAUGUUGCGUUUGUAUAAGGAUACAAGAAAUGGAAUGUUAGGUCCAAACUACUCAACAAAGUUCUCACCAUGGCUUGCAUAUGGAAGCAUAUCACCACGUUAUAUCAAUGAAGAGGUUAAGCGUUAUGAGAGGGAAAGAGUUGCAAAUGCUUCAACUUAUUGGAUUUUGUUUGAACUGAUGUGGAGAGAUUAUUUUAGAUUCAUAUCAAUCAAAUAUGGAAACUCAAUUUUUCAUUUGGGGGGUCCACGCAAGGUCAAGGAAGUUAAGUGGAGUCAGGAUUCAACUUUAUUUCAGCAUUGGAGAGAUGGGUUUACUGGGUACCCACUUGUUGACGCUAAUAUGAAGGAACUAGCAGCCACUGGUUUUAUGUCAAACAGAGGCCGUCAAAUUGUAUGUUCAUUUUUGGUGAGGGAUAUGGGUCUGGACUGGCGAAUGGGAGCAGAAUGGUUUGAGACAUGUCUGCUAGAUUAUGAUCCAUGCUCCAAUUAUGGCAACUGGACAUAUGGUGCAGGUGUUGGAAAUGAUCCAAGGGAGGACAGAUAUUUUAGCAUCCCAAAGCAGGCACAAAAUUAUGAUCCUGAUGGUGAGUACGUUGCACACUGGUUACCAGAGAUUGCAAAAUUACCGAAAGCAAUGCGUCAUUUUCCUGGAAAGGCUUAUACUGCACAAGUAGUGCCUCUGAAAUUUCCUAAUUCUGGAAAAAGUUAUGGUCAUGGAAAAGGACAUUUGGAGGAUAACAGGCACGAUUUUAGCAGACAUGUGACUGGGAAAACUGCACAGUCAAGCAGACGAGACACCAGAAGAUGACAAACUGGUCUAUGGUUGUAAUCUUUACUGUUGGGUUGAUUUUUCUUUUAUCUUACACUUGCAAACAAUAUUUUAUUUGUUAAAGAGGAGAGAAAAGAGGAGAGGAGAUGUGUCAUAUUGUAAUGGUCAAUUUUGAGGAUCCUGUGUACCUUAAAAUUCAUCUACAAGUAUGUUGCAUAUUGUAUCUUUUUUUUCUUCAUUGGGUUCGGCUUCAUGUACCAAUAGAUUUUGGCAUUGAAGCAAUUGCCAUGGUGCAAAAGUUGUAAUGAAUUCUUCUGGAAUGUUCUUUGGUACUUACGGGUUGUACACCACCUUCAGUCAGUUUCUUUUCAGUUUGAAAGUCAGUUGGGUUGCCACUCGACAAUUUCUAGGUUUAUGAUAUGUGAUGCAUAUGAAACACCCACGGAUCUCUUAGAAGAGCAAGAUUUGAACCUGAGGCUUCAGCCUCUUGAUAUUGAAGCUCAAUGAAUCAGUUUAUGGAGUAAAUAGGUGGCAAGAAUUCGACAAUUUAUGUAUUUUAAGAUCUAUUCAUUUUAUUCAUUAAUGGUAGAUUUUAAUUACUCCGCUAAUGUA